UCUUAAAACAAUCACUAUACUCCAACUCAACCUAGCUAGUUUACAGGAAAUAACACUGUAGGUGCCCAAUUAUCUAUCAAUUUCUCGACUGAAAUCACACAAGCAAACAACAGUAGCCAGCCUAAACUACACACUGGUACUCCUUAAGUUGUUAUCAAUGCAAGCCAGUCAUACGUACAGACGUGCUCAUCUCUCUUUCUUCAUCUUCACAGCUCACUGCUCUCUCCUCUCCAACUCCAAUCAUCCUAGCUUGCAAGCUACGAGAGGAGGCUCUCACCUGUCCAGAUCUGGAUAGCAAAACUGGGAAGCAAUCAAUGGAGGAACUAGCCAAGUGCAGGGGCAUCCCAGCUUGGGCGGCGGCGUACACCAGCGAUCCGUCCUCAUCCUCAUGGGAGGAGCAGGCGUUCGCACGCGAUGCCGCGGCCGACCUGCUGGUGUGGCCGCCGCGCUCCUACUCCUGCACCUUCUGCCGCCGCGAGUUCCGCUCGGCCCAGGCGCUCGGCGGCCACAUGAAUGUGCACCGCCGAGACAGGGCACGUCUCCGUCAUGGUGACGAGGACAAAGCCCAACAAGAACAAGCUGAUGAACCGCAUCAGGACGACUACACUACCAGUACCAUGUACAAGCAGCUAAAACUUUUCCGUAACCCUAGUACCACCACUCCUUCCUAUCUAUCAACCAUCAGCAAGGAGCGGAAUAACAACAAGGUCGUCGUCUCCAUAGCGACGAGAGAUCAAGAAGCUACAGAUCACCAGUACGAUGACAGCCAGGAUUUGGAACUGUCGGGGAGGAGGAAGAGGAGGCGUGUAGAUCAGGCGCCGUGGGUGGCGGUUGCCUCGCCAUAUGAACAAGGAGCAUUCCUUGAUCAUUCAAAGGUAAAUAUAAAACCAAUCACAAACCGUAGUAGCUCCAGUCUUAAUCCCCAUGUGGAUCAAGGAGAAGUAGAUCUGUUCCUCAAGAAACAAGGACUGGUAGAUCUAGAGCUUAGACUUGGGUCUAAUCCAAAUGUUGCAUCACACACAACUUAAUUUCUCAAAUGCAAAAAAUGUUAUUGAUGAAUUAUUUUCCACUUGUGUGUUUGAUGCAACUUUGUUUCUAGCUCCUCAUUUAAUUUUCUUCCGUCUUUUUAUAAUUGCUUUGUUCAUUGUUUCUCUUCCAUCAUUUUUUCGUUGUUGGCCAAAGGCUCCCUUACAUGAUGAUGCAUAUAUUUCCUUCGUUUCAGCUGUUGAAAUGUAUAUGUGGUAGAGUUCUAUAAGAAAUUGUAUACAUGUACGUAAUUGUUUGUUGUGAAGCCCUGUAUCAUGUUGAAUCAGAAGUUUCACGUAAUUAGUUUACAGAUCAAUACUAGGUGUUGAAAUUGUAAGCAGUUAGUGAUGAGUUGCAGAAGUGAUUGCCAUUUUUCUUUGUAUUUACUUCAUAUCUUCAAGCUAAACAAAACCUCUAUUUUUUGGGUA